AUGAGUUUUGCUCCUAUCGAAGUUGAUUUAGAGGAAUAUAUCCAAAGCAACGUAGCAGUUGAGGAGGAUUCAAUAUGUGCUAUUGAUCCCAUUGAUAUUUGGAAUAAUUGGAGAAUGGAAUUAGCAAACCAAAUGUUUAACAAACGGAAUGCUUUCAAAGAGGAUUAUUUAAUAAAACUUGAAAAUGUGCUUGCAACAAAAUUACCGAAUGCAAACUUGAAUGCGAAACCUCAUAUAGAGUCUAGGAUAAAUACUUUGAAAAAAGAAUGGGUUAUUAUAUAUGAUAUAAGAAAUAGUUUUCCCUCCUUCAACGAGCUUAGUGAUAUUUGUGCUAGAGAUCGUGCAACUGGAAAAGAUGCGCAAACUAUAAUAGAUAUUCUUGAAGAAAAGCAAGAAUGUAAUGAUACAAUAAAUGAGGAAACUGAAGUUCAAGAGUUAGAUAGGAUUUUAAGUCAGGUAAAGGGAUUGACAAUGAUGGAAAUGGUUAUUACUUCAAUCAAACUUUCUAAAUCUCCAACUUUUAUGUUUGUGUUUUUCAGUGUUGCGCCUGAUCGAAGUCUUGAAUGGUUGAGGACAUUUCUUGUUGACCAUUGA